UGACUCCUUUCCAUUUCAGCUCAGCCCAGCCGGCUCCAAGCACCGCCGACCCGCGGAGAUCCGGCCCCGCCCGCCCGAGGCGGAGCCGCGCAGGACUCGACGCCGCCGCCGCCGCCGCCGCUGCUGCCGGAAGAGCCGCCGCCCGCUCCGGGGCCAUGGAGGAGUUUCACCCCCACAACGACGAGAUGAUCUUCAAUGCUGAUGAGGCCCACAACAUAGUUAAGGAGUGCAUAGAAAGUGUUUUAGGCAAGGCAGAUUAUAAUCACAACAAAGUCAACCAGUGGACUGCUGCUAUAGUAGAACAGUCGCUGACACAUCUGGUAAAGCUCGGAAAAACAUAUAAGUACAUUGUAACCUGUGCAGUGAUGCAGAGGAGUGGAGCUGGUCUUCACACAGCAAGUUCAUGCUUCUGGGAUACUACAACUGAUGGAACCUGCACAGUGAGAUGGGAAAACCGAACAAUGAACUGCAUUGUCAAUGUGUUUGCUGUUGCUAUUAUCCUGUAGCUGACUGGAAGAUAAAUAUAAGCAACACCGAAGCCUUUAAAAAAAAUAAUCAUCCAAACACAUGGCUAAAUAUUUCAAACCAUUAUUUGUUUUUGUAUGAGAAGCAUACACAAGUUCUCUACAGGGAGCAUACAGUCUAAGCCAGUUCUCAUAGAGUAAUUAUCUGAAAGCUAGCAAAAAAUUUAAAAUAUAUAUGUAUCUAUCUAAAGAGAAAUUUUUAGUAAUUUAAAUAUUCAGAAGUAUGUUAAUGAGAAGGUGCCACAAAGAUCAAUACGAUUUAUAUCAAAGCUAAUAUCAAAGAUACUUGAUAUUCAAGGGGAACAAAACACAAAGUCAAAGGAAAGGUCAGAGGGCAAGACCUCUUAGGACUGUGGUGCAUUUGUGAACAAAUUAUGAACGCAAUUCAGAGUGGAUAUUCUGUAAACAAUACUGGUGCUUCAUGUUUGAUUAAACAAAGUGAACUGUCACAUUGAAUGUCGAUGCUUGUGACAUUGCAUGAGCAUCACAUUUCAGUCAAGCAUGAACAUUUACGUUGAAAUUAAAUCCAGUUAAGCUUUUCCCCUGGAGGCAGAGGAUCACUUCACUGGGACAAAGGUGAAAUAUGCCUAGUCCUAACAGAAUUCUGAUUUAUCUUCAGAAUGAAGAACAUAACAUUUGUUAUUGACUAAGGGAAGCAUGCUGGGGAUCAGACAUCAGCCCUUAAUUAAUAGUUUAUAAAUCUAAAAACAUUCUGAAGGUACUGAAAUUUGACUUUAUACCAUGACUGCAGAAUUUGUGACAAGCACUUUAUUGAUUCUUCAUGCAGUAGCCAGGAGCGAGGGCAGUAAGACUGGACCCGCAUUAUUCCAAGCAGGAUUAAGGCGUUAGGAGAGAAGGCACAAAGGCUCUUGUUAGCUUUGAAAGCAUUUAUCUUAAAACAACCUAUCUGUUCUUUGUAGGAGUGUUCUCUAUGUUCUCUAAGGCUAGAAUUGGAUCUUAGUCCUAUGAAAUAAUACAACUCAGUUUUAAGCACUAAGAGUUCCCCUCUUGCGAAGAUUUAUGCAAGUUCUUAACUUUGCUCAUCUGAUGAGUCUUAACUUGAAAUAUUCCACGUGGAAGAAAAGCAUUUGCACACACGCAAGUAUUUGCUGGAUUGGGGCCUACAUUUUUGUUGAUUAAUGCACAAAUUAUACGAUAAAGAGAUGUAUCAAUGCCAAAAAUGCCUAAAUGAUUGCUGCCACUAAGUGGCAGCUACAUUAAGUUGUUUUCUCAGAUGCUGCUUAAGGAUAGAAUUUUUUCUUUAUUACUGCAUGUCUUUGAAAGAGACUGGUAACUACAUAACAGCCACCGUGAGGCUGUUUUGGAUUUUGGAUUUUAACAAAUUAAUAUUAAAGCACUAUUACACAGUUCUGUUUUGUUUGAUUUUUUUUGUUUGUUUGGUUUUGGUUUUGUUUCCAGAUAACUGACUAUUAAGGCAGGUAGAAAGUGUCCUGUACAAAGAACAAGCUAAAAACCAUUUCAUUGCUUUAAUUGUGUAUACAUAUAGCUAGUAUGAGACUACAAAGGAACACGUGUACGUGUAAUUCAAAAUACCAUUCAAAAUCUCUUGCUUUGCAGACAGAGUUCUACUUUUACCUGAGUGCAAGUAAAAUUAAUACUGUAAUAUUGCAUUUGCCUAACAGGCAGGUGUAACGUGAAGAUGUAUUUGUAUGUUGUACUGCCCUUCAAAUGUAUAAUUAUUUAACAUUAUUUGGGUUAGGACAGCGAUUUCUGAACUAGGUGCCAGCAUCCAAGAGCUGAGUUGUGGACCUGACAAAAAUGCAGUAGUUUCACUGAUAUUAGGCAUUGUGGAAAGUGAAAAAAUAAGUGGGGUAGCAACUGGAAAAAGGUUCGGUACAACUGAUACGGUUUAAGAAGUGGGUGAGUAAAAAUACCUGUGGCUUUUAAGCCCUUUUAAUGGGCAUUCAGGUGCCAUGGUCAGAAGAAAUAUUCCAAAUAGCCACUUGUAGUCUCAUUUGGUAUUUUCACAGUACUUGAAAACAAGAUGCACUGAGUGUCAAUUUAAUGAGGCUUGGUGAAGCUCCUGCUGCAGAAGAAACCUAGAAAAUGCUGCUGAAUUAUAAGAAUGCUUAAUUUUUCUUUCUACCAAAAAAAAAAUAAAGUUUUGCCUUAGUUGUA